GCUGGCUCCCUCGCUGGCGCGGAGGAAAACGUUGCGCAGGUUCAAAAAUGGAACGUCGACAGCGUGAGGGAGCGCGAGGGGGUGUGCGCGCGUGCGCGUGCGCGUGCGCGCCCGGCCGAGGGUGACGGGGACCCCGCCGGCCCGAGCAUCGCGCGCAGCAGCCGCGGCCCCGCAGCUCCGCCCCCGGCCCGGCCCGCUCCGGGCCCGCUCGCCCGCCGCCCCGCAUGGAGCUGUCAGCCAUUGGGGAGCAGGUGUUCGCGGUGGAGAGCAUCCGGAAGAAGCGCGUGCGGAAGGGCAAAGUGGAGUAUCUGGUAAAGUGGAAAGGAUGGCCCCCCAAGUACAGCACAUGGGAGCCGGAAGAGCACAUCCUGGACCCCCGCCUUGUCAUGGCCUACGAGGAAAAGGAGGAGAGAGACCGAGCAUCGGGGUAUAGGAAGAGAGGCCCGAAACCCAAACGGCUUCUGCUGCAGCGGCUGUACAGCAUGGACCUGCGCAGCUCCCACAAGGCCAAGGGCAAGGAGAAGCUCUGCUUCUCCCUGACGUGCCCGCUUGGCAGCGGGAGCCCUGAGGGGGUGGUCAAGGCGGGGGCACCUGAGCUGGUGGACAAGGGCCCCUUGGUGCCCACCCUGCCCUUCCCACUCUGCAAGCCGCACAAGGCCCACAAGUACCUGCGGCUCUCACGAAAGAAGUUCCCGCCCUGCGGGACCCACCUGGAGAGUCACAGCCAUCCACGGGAGCUCUCCCUGCAGGAGCCACCGGCCACAGAGGUCCUGCAGGCAGCCAGCGAGUGGGAGUCCACGGAGCAGCCCCCGGAGGAGGAGGAUGCAGACUUGGCCAAUGGGCCCCCUCCCUGGACACCCACGCUCCCCUCAAGUGAGGUGACCGUGACUGACAUCACCGCCAACUCCAUCACCGUCACCUUCCGUGAGGCCCAGGCAGCGGAGGGCUUCUUCCGAGAUCGCAGCAGGAAGCUCUGAGCCUCCGUGACCGCUGUCCUUAAACUGUUUUCUUUGGGGCUUGGGGUGGGCAACUCCAGAGAUUGGGGAUGGGUUGGGGUGGGGUUCCUAUUUUAUUUAAAAAACUCCGGAGCAGAAAGGGGGAAGACCCCACCACCCUCCUGUCACCCUGCCUUGCUCUCUGAUCUUCGAGGGAUGUUUACAGCCGGCCCACUGGGUGGGGCUGAGAGGCCAGCGAAACUCUGGUGGCUGAGUCAUCUCAAGGAUGGGGCAGGGCCGCCUGCCUGGGAUACCGGUCUCUAAGCAGCUGAUUCUAGGAGUCAAGGGGGGUCCAGAGCUCUGCCUCGAGCAGUGACCCAGGUUGCUCCCCCCCUACUUUUUUGUUUUUGGCUUGGAUCUUUAUUUUGAACUCUCCACCCCAGCUUUACUGAGGGACUGGAAGGCUGGCUUUGACCACCAGGGUCUGGGAUUUCGGCAAGGGGAGGGAGGCGGGGUUUGAGGUGGUGGGGCCAUGCCCUGGCCCCCCAGAGAGGUGGCCACCCUUCUGGCCGCCUCACCUGGAAACACUAGCCACCCAGGUGUGCAUGCCUUGUCCCUCGUGUGCACUCAGACCUGCCUCUCGUGUCUGCAGAUGUGUCCAUGUGGGCCCUGCACACCUCCCUGAGAAACCCUGACCAGAUGAGCGUGAGGCGAUUCAUAGCACAAAAGAACUUGCCACGGCAGCCCCCGCACGCACCUUGUACGCGUGCUGUGUGACAGGACUCGUCUGAGCUCCAUUUGCUCCCAGCCAUCAGCAGAGGCGCCUGGCCAUGAGCAUGGUGGCAUCUGGCGCUCCAGCCAUGCCAUUGUGGCCUUGUAGUUGUACCUGCCCAGGUCACAGUUGGGCAAACAUCUGCUGAGUUGUGCUGACACAUCUGCAUAGGCUCUAAGACACUUGGGACCUGUCCUUCCUCCCGCAGGGGUUCUUGUCCUUUCUGACUCAGGUGACUUUUCAGCCCUCCAAGUUCCUCUUUUUUCUGCCCUCCCCUCUAGCUCAGCCAACCAUGGCGUGGGCAGCGGAGAGAAUAUCCCCCCGCUUUCUCAGGGCAGUCCUCGUCUCCUGAACCCCUGCUUCCUUCCAGUCUAUGUCUUCUCCCCAGUCAACCUAAAUGCCACAGCCAGGGCUGACCUUGUUCCUAUGGGGGUCAGGGUGUGCAAGGACCCCAUGCUCUGGCAAGGGCUGCAUCUACCAGGACGGGGCUUGUUUUCUAGUUUGCAGAGAUGUCCCACGGGCUGACUUCUCCCGUCCCAGCCCCGUGGGAGAGAAAGGCCAAGUGGGAUGGGUCCCAGGGGAGCAUGGAGAGGUCUCCUCCCCUACUCUCUCGGCUGCUGUUAGCCUGACUUGAAUGUAGAACCAAUGUGUGUGUCCCCUGACUCUGCUGUGUCCUUGGGAGGUCAGCAGAUCUCUGUAGGGGCAAGGGUAGGCGACUCUUUCGCUGUCCCUCCCCAGUUCCCAAACCAAAGACAGCCUGCACCCCAUUUCUGUUUGGGAUGCUCUGUUAGCAAGAUCCCCAAGUCCCAUCUCUCCCCAUCCUCCUUAAUUCCUAGUUGUACAGGGUCAACUCAGUGCUUCCACAGGGGAUGGUCCCUUGCAGGUGACCUGCUUCAGCCCCAGCCCUGGUUGCAUCUAGAAGAAUGUGGAGGUGGGGGUCAGGGAGAGGAAGGGGCAGCAGGACUUGCCACUUGUCAGCAGCGGGUCCCUGGGGAGGGGAGGGUUUCCCAGUAGAGACGGCAGUAGAGGGUGGUGGUCCCGUUGAAGGAGUUGAUCCAUAGCUUUGGAACUUGGUGGCAGCUUCCAUUCGAAAUCAUGCUGCCCAACCCCAGGGGACACAGAACCACUUCCUGCAUCCCAGGCACUCGCGUAGAGCUGCCUGCAGCUUGUGAGUCUGUGGACCAGGUUUUCUUUUGGGUGAGGCAGCAGAACACACCUUCGUCUUCCUCAGCCCUUUGUGGCCCCCAGGAGCCUGAAGCUCAGGGAGGGCUGAGGGCUAGGAGGGUGGCCUGGGAUGGGUGGCCCUGAGAUCCCCUGCUCAGGCAGCCAUGUGGCACUGACUCUCUGGGGAGGACAGCUAUAGGCUGCAGGGUCUUUUCUGGCCCAGGACAGGUGACUUCCCAGUCUGGAGUAUCCCAGGUGGGCAGUGAUCUCCCACCCCAUUGCCCCCCAGAAGGCCAGUACUCGGGUGGGAGAGGGCUCUGAAAGCCACCUGCCUCCCCUCCCCCUGUCCCACCUGUUCUGAAUGUAGAGGCCAGCCGGUACUUUUCCUUUGCCAUGGGUGAGAAUGCCUUGCCCCGGCAUGGCCGCUUGCAGUUCGGGGACAAGCUCCUCUGGGCUGUGAGGUUGUUCUUGGGAUAGUGAUCCCUUUGCCAAUUUCUUCCCACCUCCUGCUCCAGGGGCAGGCGCCAGCAUCUAUAAGAUGGCGUAGCUUUUGCUUUAUAAGUGGCCGCCAGGUCUCAGCACAAGAACGCUUCCUUUGCACAGAAUGAGCUCCGAGCUUUGUUCAGACUACAUGAAUGUACUGGGGGGUGGGGGGGGCGAGCGCACGCCUUCCCGGGCGAGUGUGUGCGGGGAUUCCGUGGGUGCAGAGCGCGGUUUUAUUUUUGUACUGAUAUUGGUAAGAGACUAUAGCAUCUAUUUAUUUAGAUGAUUUAUCUGGUAAAUGAGGCAAAAAAUAUUAAAAAUGAUUUUAAAAAGA